AUGAAUGGCCUGGCAUGGAAGACUAAUGUAUUAAUGACUAGCUUCCUUGUUCCUGGAAUCGUGUUUGCGGUGUUUUUCAUUUCGAACCUGUUGUUAUGGGCAAAAGGUUCAUCGGCAGCAGUACCUUUUGGUACACUUAUCGUGCUUCUAAUCCUUUGGCUUUUUGUCUCUAUUCCACUAACAUUUAUUGGAUCCUAUUUUGGCUUUAAAAGACGUCCUAUCGAACAUCCAGUACGUACAAAUCAAAUCCCGCGACAAGUGCCAGAUCAAUCACUCUACACGAAACCAAUCGCAGGAAUGUUUAUGGGUGGUAUCCUUCCGUUUGGAUGUAUUUUUAUUCAGCUUUUCUUUAUUCUCAAUAGCAUUUGGGCCCAUCAAACAUAUUACAUGUUUGGUUUCCUCUUUCUUGUGUUCUUGAUUCUGUUCAUAACAUGCAGCGAAGCUACAGUACUUCUUUGCUACUUCCAUUUAUGUGCUGAGGACUAUCAUUGGUGGUGGCGAUCAUUCUUGACUUCAGGCUUUACAGCAGUAUAUCUUUUUAUCUACUGUAUUCAUUACUUCAUGGCAAAACUAACUAUAACAGGCACUGUGUCAACCAUCCUGUACUUCUCAUAUACUUUCAUCAUUGUCUUCAUGUUCUUUUUGGCAACUGGAGCAGUUGGUUUCUUGUCAGCAUUCUUUUUCGUGGAAAAAAUAUACAGUUCUGUGAAAGUGGAUUGA